AUGAGCUCCUCCGCAAGCUGGUUCAAAGCUGUGGGUGCAUGGAGACAGCUCCCACAGUACCUUCUCCACCUUGCCUCAUCCCGCACUCUGACACUUUCUUCUGCUACAGCACUCGGCACCUCGGACACGGUCCUCUGGAGUGAGCUCGCCCGGAAAGUCCCUGGCCGCUCGAACAAAGACUGCCGCAAGCGGUGGUGGAACACGCUGGCCGGCGGCAAGAUCAAGGGCGUCUGGUCGCCGGAGGAGGACAAGCGACUCAGCGAGGCGGUGCGGAAGCAUGGCAACAACUGGACUCAGAUCGCCUCCCUCGUGGGGUCUCGCUGCGCCGAUCAGUGCGCUAGUCACUGGCGGCAGGUGUUGCGGCCCGAUGUCAGUUAUUGCAAUUGGACUGAACAAGAGGACGAAGAACUUCUCAAGGCGGUCCAAACGCAUGGCACCAACUGGUCGGCGAUUGCGGCAUUCCACGACCCUCCGCGCACGGGGCUGAGUUUGAAGAAUCGAUACACGAGGAUUCAGGCGAAGGGGGAGAGUGCAGCUCCAUCUGUGCUG